AGUUCAGUUGCAUUGCAUGAAUGUCUCGCAGUGAGACGCAAGCGAUCGUAAAAAAGCGCAGGACUCAAUCUGUGUGUGUAUGAGGAGGACAAACUCUGAUGACUGGGAAUCUAUAAUAAUAACACUGAGAUUUAACGACGACACUCAGCCUCCGGGCUCAAGACUCAAAGAGAAAUGCGCGACACAUCGUUUAUUCCUCUGGUUGUUUUUGGACUGGGAUCUGAACUGAUCUGAUGGCGAUACUCCAGUGAAACCAGUCUGUCCUUGGAUCUUCAGCGUGUGCGCGUUUAUGCACGAGUGUGUGCGCGCGUGCAUGAGUGUGUAACCUCAGCACAUUUUGUUGGAGGGGUAUUUCUUUUGAGGGGGGGUAUUUCUGGUGUCUCUUUUGGAUGUAUGGGAUGUAUCUGGACCGGACUGGACCCUUUGGGGGGGUAACAAUGUGGGUAACUGGGAUGUGGAAACCAACAGGACCCUGAGGCUGAUGUAAACGCCCUUCCUGACUGCCUCAGCUCUCUGAGAAGGUCAGAGCUCCCUGUGGCACGCUUGGGCCGUUGGCACUAAGAUGUCCCUCAGUAGUGGCACUGCAGGCGGGAAAGGUGUGGACUCGAAUGCGGUGGACACUUACGACAGCGGGGAUGAGUGGGAUAUCGGUGUAGGCAACCUGAUUAUUGACCUCGACGCAGACUUAGAGAAAGACAAGCUUGAAAUGUCUGGCACCAAGGACGGGGACGGAAUGGCCGCAGCGUCUAGCGCCGUAGCGGCGUUGCCUGACAACAUCAAGUUCAUUAAUCCUGUGCCGCCUCCGCCCAUCAAAGACAGCAAAUCCAAAGCUAAACGUAGCAAGAAUUCCAAGGACAGUAGCAAAUCUUCAACCCCUGACGGGUCUAAGAAAGACGCCCAGGGGCCGACCCCGAACGAGGGCACUGGCCCGGUCUCGGGGAGCGGUUCCACGACGGUACCCGCCUCCGGUAAGGGAUCGGAUAAAGGUAAUAAGGCCUCCCGUGGUGUUCCCAGUGGAAAAAAGGACAAAGAAAGUUCUGGGAAAAGUAAAAAGGAGAAGAGCGACAGAGUUCAAGCUGGGACCCUGCCCCCAGAGAAGGACAUGGUGACUCAGGUUUUGCCUUUGGGGCAGGCCCGCAAUGCCCCGUUUGAUGGGCCGCAAAAUAUGGACGGUGCUGAACAAUUAGGGAAUAUAACCCUCGACGCUACUGGAAUAGUCGCACCCUUAGCUAUCAAAAGCGAACCCGAGGAAUUGGACAAUAUCGACUGCAGGAACAUGAAGAAAGUCAAAAGCGAGAAGAUGGAGUCUCCAGUGUCUACACCGGCACCACCACCUCUUCACCUCAUUGCACCUGUAGGCAACAGUGACAUCUCCUCCUCAUGUGAACAGAUCAUGGUCCGCACGCGUUCGGUGGCCGUCAACACCUCUGACGUGUCUCUAGCCACUGAGCCUGAAUGUCUGGGUCCUUGUGAACCUGGUACCAGUGUGAACCUGGAGGGCAUAGUCUGGCAGGAAACUGAGGAUGGUAUGCUGGUUGUAAAUGUUACCUGGAGGAACAAAACCUAUGUGGGCACCCUUUUGGACUGCACUCGACAUGACUGGGCACCUCCACGGUUCUGUGAGUCACCCACAAGUGAUUUGGAGAUGAGGAAUGGCCGUGGACGUGGUAAGAGAAUGAGACCCAAUAGCAAUACACCAGUCAAUGAGAACAGCAAUUCUUCUGAUAAUAAAGGCAGCAACAACAGCAAGACUCGAGCUGCAUCGAACAAUAAGGGGCGACGGGGCAGUCAGAAUUCCUCUGAACGUCGCACUCCACCAAACAGUAAUAUGGAGGAUGUAAAGACUAGUCCAUCAUCUGCUAACAAACGCAAGAACAAACCUGCUUCAGACAUGGAGCCCAACUCAAGUUCAGAGGACACAAAGGGUAGCAAACGUAUGCGUACCAAUUCAAAUAGCGGAAUACCUCACCCUGUUCUUCCCCUCUCCAACAUCAAAGCAGAACCCCUGCCCCCCUCUUUGGAUCGCAACUGCCCUUCACCGGUGCUCAUAGACUGUCCCCAUCCCAACUGCAACAAAAAAUACAAGCACAAAAACGGCCUGAAGUAUCACCAGGCUCGUGCUCACAAUGACGACGACCUCAAGCUGGACAUUGACGGCGAUAGCGAGUAUGGCGAGGACUCCACCUUGCACCCAGAGGCGAGCAGUUGCAAUGGUGCAUCCAUUUCCCAGAAGGGCUGUUCUUCUCCUGCAAGGUCGAUCACCCCAAAAGGCAGAGGAUUCGAUGCCCAAAGCCCAUCACCGUCAUCAGGAAAGUUUAGCACUAAACAGCCUGGCAAGAAGAAGCUGGAGGCUGAGCACGAUGCAGGUGUGCCCAUGGAUGGCUGUGAGGAUGGCCCGUGCCUUACAGAUGAGGCGAGUAAUGAUGGCAUUGAUGAUAAGAAAGAUAAAGCCAAAAAGUCUGGAAGUGGUGCGAAGGCAGACAAGCUUGCUCAGAAGGGAAUGAAGUCCACAAAGCCCCUUGGUCCCUCUUUACCUCCACAACAGUUGUAUGGCUUACCAACUUCUGGCUUCCCUGCCCCCAAUUCUGGCUCCUCUAGUAUGGGCUCUGUUGUCCAGUCCGUUAGCAAGAGUCCCCAACUAAAAACCAUUCAACCCAAACCUGCAGUAACGGGAGAUCCCUCAAUGAACCCAGCCGCGAGCGGCUCGAAGGACAAGAAGAAGAAAGAGAAGAAAAAGAAGGAGGGUGUUAAGGAAGGGGACAGUCCAAAGGCCCCUGGAAAAGGAGGAAAACCUGAAGAAGGUAAAAGUCCGUAUUCUGAAAGCUCAGACCAAGGCAGUAGGAGUGAGGGCAUGUUAAAUGGUUCCUCAGAUCAACAUCAAAGUCGGCUAGCCAGUAUGAAAGCAGAGGCAGACAAAAUCUACAGUUUUUCUGACAAUUCUCCAAGUCCAUCCAUUGGUGUGGCUAGUCGGAUAGACAGCGGGGGGGUGCCACAACCUCUCACUCCACUUCAUGUAGUUACCCAAAAUGGGGCCGAUAACUCUUCUGUGAAGACCAACAGCCCAGCAUACUCGGACAUUUCUGAUGCAGGGGAGGACGGAGAGGGCAAGGUAGAGGGCAUGAAGGUCAAGUCUGAGGAUCAGACUGCUCGAGAAGGCGCCAAGAAAUCCCUUUUCCCAUCCCAGCCACCCAGCAAAGAUUCCUCUUACUAUCCCAGUUAUGAAACAUACUAUUCACCCAAUUAUGGCAACCCAAACCCCAGUCCAGGAGUCUCUAAUGCUGCCACAUCACUGCAAGAUGGUGCAGUGAAGGUGAAAAAAGAGGAAGACCCAGAACCAGUUAUUGAGAAGGCCAAAUCUGAGCAACCUGAUGAACGAAAGCCUGACAUAAGUGCAUCCUCUCAACAGCAACAACAGCUGCAGCCUUCAGUCAUUCAGCAGCGUUCUAGCAUGUUCAUGCAGCCACUUUAUUACAAUCAGUAUGCAUAUGUACCUCCAUAUGGCUAUGCCUCCCCAGAUCAGGCAUAUCAUAACCAUAUGAUGAGCACAAACCCAGCUUACAGGCAACAGUGUGAAGACCGACAGCGGCAAGCAACUGAGCAACAUCGUGCCGCUGAGAAAAAAUCAGAUGCUGCUCAAAAAGACAGGGAAGCAUCCCUAAAGCCUGAAGAAUGGAAGCAGAAAGCUUCAGUUCCCCCUAGCUUGUCUAAAGCUCCAAGCCUCUCAGACCUAGGUAAGCCUUCCCCACAGGGCAAGCCCAAAGAUCCCUCAGAACCAUCUAAGUCAGUCAUUAUCCCCAAAGGGGAAGAUGGCAAAGGUCAGACUCAGCAGGGUGAGGGCUUGAAAAUGAAGCUCAGUGAAACAGGGCAUCAUGGAAAGGAGGAGCAAAAACCAGGCCUUGAGUCUGGAAGAUCAGCUAUGGAGCAGGCCAUGUACAUGUAUAGACAGGAGCCAGACUCACGACUGUGGCCCUACGUUUAUCCCAGCAAGUAUCCCGAUGCUCAGAAACAGAUCGACGAGGAGCGAUGGAAGGAAGAUAGGGAACGUGAGCGGGAACGAGAACGCGACCGUGAGCGAGAGAGGGAUCGAGAUCGGGACAGAGAACGUGAAAGAGAACGUGAAAGAGAUAGGAAGGGAAAAGAUGAAAGGCCACGCCAUAAAGACACUCCCUCGAAAGAGGAAAGCAAGGAAAGUGUAGAGGCGAGAACCUCGUCAGCUUCAGAGGAGCACAGAGGAGUCGGCAAAGAUCCACGGGCACACAUACAGUUUUCCUCACCUCUGCAGCAGUCAUACAUGUCCUACAUGCACGGAUAUCCCUAUGCCCAAGGCUAUGAGCCCAGCCAUCAAGGAUACAGGAUGCCCACAGUCAUGAUGCAAAACUACCCUGGCUCGUACCUUUCGCCAGGAUACUCGUUCUCUCCAUAUGGCUGUAAGAUGCCCUCUGGUGAGGAGGGUGAGAAGUCUCGUGCCAGUCCUACAGUGAGCAGCAAGUCUGAGUCCAAAGCUUUGGACAUCCUGCAUCAGCAUGCAAGCCAGUAUAAAAGCAAGUCGCCAACAGUCGGUGAAAAGAUGCCUCAUGAAAGAGACAGAAGCGGGAGUGAGAGGGAUAAAGACGGUGAACGCCCAAGAUCUUCACCCUCACAGCGGCUCAUGCCUUCCCAUCAUCACCUGGGCUACCCGCUACUCCCAGGGCAGUACGACCUGUCCUAUGCUGCAGGUAUCUCUUCUUCAGCCAUCGUUGCCAGUCAGCAAGCCUCUGCCCCCUCAAUCUACCCCCCAGCACGGAGGUGAGAAUGGGAGAAGUGACUGGCUGCUUUUCCACAGACAUGUGACUGGUUCACAUGAGGACAUGGUGUGGAGCGUAUGGCAUCAGUUCAAUGAUGUUCCUGAUUUCUUUCCGAUUCCUUUUGGUGUCUUUGACCACCCACCAUUGUCAGAGAGAGAAAGUGGAAACCCAGCUGAACUCCCCAACACCUGCGCUCACAUCUGGAUGUGCAUUUCUAUCCAGACGCUCCUCUCUCUGUGCUGCUGGCUCCAUACUCAGGAGAGAGGAGAUGCGGCCCGUCUUCAUUCGAUGCGCAAAUGGACCUGAGUUUGGGACAUUUUGAAUGAUAUUCUGGAAGUCACUACGUUAUUUUGUGUUAAAGCCUGGGCUUUUAUGAACCGCUGCUCUAGAGGAUUACCAUUUUUUGGGCAUCUUUGUUGUCGCCUUUCAGCUUUCUACAUAUACCGUGUCACACUCUCUGUGGACUCUAUGCAAGUGGAUUAAGCUUGAUUUUCUCACUUCAGUCAGGUUUGUGUUACAUUCAAAGCUAUCCAGUCCACACAAUUGAGCUGAUAGACCACACAACCUGUUUUGUUCAGGAUGCACUUGCCUUUCAAACGUUUAUUCUUUUCUUUUUUUAUAAUGGAUGAUUAACAAAUCACCCACAGUCACUCCAUUACUUGUUAAGCACUGGACAUUUGCUUUGCAAAAGCAGCAGUAGAUGGGCUUUUUCCUCAAGAAGACGACAAUUAUUUCAGCGAUGGUCUUUAUUUCAGUUCUGUGACAUUUGGAUCAUCCGGGUGGUGGAGAAAAGAUGAAGCAUUGGCUGCUCUCUGACAUGUGGUGUCCCCAAAGGCAGGACCUUCCAGACUGGAUUUACGUGGAUUUUAGUCCUGUUUUUGGUUGCUGUACCAUGCGGCAUACAUGUAUGGACAUCUGCUCUUUCCAUGUCCGCGUCUUUUAGGACACAUGGUGUGUGUUUCCAAUGGAGACUCUGUUGAACUGUGUUCAUCUGGUCAUUGGGAUGCAUUGAUAUGUUGCUUGUGACUCUCAAUACAGCUUACAGCGAUCCGAGUAAGAUAACCUGGAUUUCUAAGUUGUCAGUCCACACUGAUCCACAAAAGACCUGAGCUAUAAACUCGCUCGCUGCCUACUGCUGUCGGGUUCCCUCACUUUCCUCUUUGUGUUUGCAUGGUAAUAAUCCAGCACUCAGUUAAAGCAUUAACCCAAACCGAGAGCAAUGUGACCUGUGUGCGGGCGCCUUUACUUUACUUUUCUCCCCUCACUAUGUGCUUUCUGUAUAUAUUGUACAAAGGAAUUAUUUUAAAAAAGGUUGUUGGAUGCUAUUGGAUUUUCUUACUUUCUCUCUUUCGUCUCUUAGCCUUUUUUCUACCAUUGUUGACAAAAUAUAUCAACAUGUAGCUGAUAUAACAACUUUAUAUUGGAAGGUUUUUUUUACUAAUUUUUCUACCCCUCCUCUUCAAAGCCAAGUCAGUCCCACUCCGCUUUGAAACCUUUCAGAAGCACAUCGUACACCAUUUUUCUUCAAGUCGGUUUUAAUAUCGUCCAGGGAUUUUUCAAACCAUUUGGCCUGGUGAUGGUGUGUUCAAACAGCAGGAGGAAGUGUUGGGAAAGAAAUAUCCAGAAUUGGGUGCUAUCCACAAGCUCAUUUUUGCCAGUUAUUCAUAUCUUGUGUCAAUCUGAAUCUCUCAGGAGAGCAUUUAUAAAAUCACAGCCUUUCUAAAGGAAUACAUCAGCCAAAAAUGAUAUUAAAGCCAUGAUUUACUCACACUCAAGUAGUGCUGCCUCACAGUCGCGACUAAUCAUUUGCAGAAUAAAAGUUUUUGUUUACAUAAUAUAUGUGGGUGUACUGUGUAUAAUAAUUAUGCAUAAAUACACACACAUGCGUUUAUAUAAUUAAGAAACAUUUGCAUGUUUAUAUUUACAUAUAAUUUAGAUUAUAUAUAAAUAUAAAUAUUUAUUUUAUAAAUAUUACAUAUAUACAUAAUUAUUAUACACAGUACACACACACAUAUUAUGUAAACAAAAACUUUUAUUCUGCAAACGAUUAGUCGUGACUACCCUCAAGCCAUCCAAGAUGUCCAUUAUUUUUCAGACAAACACAUUUUUUGUUAUUUUAGAAAAUGUCAGUUUUUAUAAUAUAUGAAUAUGAGGUCCACCUCCUUCAAGCCCAAAGAUUGUGCAUACAUUCUUCACAAAAGCCAUCCAAACGGCUCAAUAAGGAUAAACAAAGGCCUUUUAAAGGGUAAUCCAUGCAGUUUUGUCAUAGAAAUAUCCAUAUUUAAAACUUUACAAACGAAAAUAACUAGCUUCCGGUAGCCUCUCUCCUGAAUGCAGAAGCGUCUAAGAUGGCAGUGUUACUGAAAGUGAGUUAUUUUCAUUUGUAAAGUUUUAAAUAUGUAUAUUUCUAUGACAAAACUGCAUGAGUUACCCUCAGAAAGCCUUUGUUUGUCCUCAUGGAGCCAUUUGGAUGACUUUUGUGAAUGAUUGAUGCACAGUCUUUGGGUUUGAAGAACCCCACAUUCAUACAUUAUAAAAAUUAAAAGAUUUGGGAUAUUUUCUAAAAUAACUAAAAAUGUGAUCAUCUGAAAAAUGAUAGACAUAUGGAUCUCAGACAGUUUGAGGGUGAGUAAAUCAUAGCUUUAAUAUAAUUUUUUGGCUGAACUAUCCCUUUAAAAUGCUUGGCAUGUCAAUCACUCAGUUUCAUUCAUUUAUUAUUAAACAUCAGCAUGACCGUGUUUCAAUAUAUCAUCCUUACUGUGUGACUGAUUGUUUAGUCCAAAUGCAUAUCACCUAUUCAUUACCAAAAAUCUCCAGGGAAUGUUCUUCAGUCUUUAUUUAAAUUAAGAGCAUUAUUUGCUGUCCCAUCACUUCCUCUUGUCUGUUUUGAACAACUUUGUUUGCUUAACACAUCAAAGUUUCAUUUUGUUGCUACUGGACCGGAGGUCAGGUCUCUCUUUACCUAAACCUAAAAACAAAACGAUACUGCAGCACUGGUCUCUAUAGAUAUUUUCAGAUGGUAAUAAUCUGACUUUUAGUUGUUCUGUGUUUAGCCAGUAAACAUGUGCUGUGUGGUGACUUGAUUUAUAAUUGUUUGAGGAAAAAGCGCUUGAUUGUUUUAAUUUAUUUUUCCAGGGUUCUUUUUUCUUUUUGUUUAUAGAAAGACCGGUUUGGUUUUAACAGGUUCACACAUUUGUUCACUAUUGUCUCAGACGGUGCUAAUAUAGUCUGCUCUGUGCGAUCAUCGUGGGAAGAGGGAAUUUACUUUUGCUUUGGUUUUUUAUUUUACUAUAGUAUUGACCCCUCCCACCAUCUAUUAAGCUCCGCCCACCCCACACCCACAGAGUGCAGUGGCUCAGUGUUUGUCAUCAUCGGUACUUGAAAGAAAGAUGUUUACACUUUCUAAUGUCUGUGUGUUUGGAUACGUUUCUCUUUCCCUGCCUCUGUCCCGCUCUCUCUUCCUCGAGAUCUCUCGUGUAAAGUGUAAAUUGCUACAUUUUUUAUACAAUACUGUAACUUGCCUUUGUACAUUUAGGCAGAAAAUAAAUCUUUUUAUGAGACAAUCA